AUGGACAGGCAUUUGAUCAAGAGCAAGAAACGAUCUCCAAAUUUUUCCGAAAUCGAAAUUCAAAUUAUGCUGGCCGAAGUUGAAAAACAUAAAGGAAUACUAUUCAGCAAGUUGUCAAAUGUUGCGACAAAUAACAUUAAGAAGAAGACAUGGGAUGGUAUUUGUACUAAGAUGAAUUCUUCAAAUACCCACCACCUAAGAACAGUUGAUGAAAUUCGAAAGAAAUGGACAACAUAUAUGAGCAACGCCAAAAAGAAAGUGGCACACAAUAGACGUGAGGCAAGAAAGACAGGCGGAGGUCCUCCCCCAGAAGACAUUUCCUCCAUGGAAGAUCAGGUGGUAGGGAUUAUUGGAGACACGCCUAUAGAUGGAAUAGACGGAGGAAUAGACACAGAUUUGUUGAAUUUGGAGGUAGACGUUUAA